ACAAAGCUGGUUAGGAGUGACGGACAGACGGGUUGGGUCUAAGUGGCUCAAAAACAAAGGUUGCAUGGAAUACUGUCAGUCUAAGAGAUCAAGUGUCCCACACACUAAGGAUAAAAGAAUGGCUGAACCGUUAUUCAAGCGAGUGUGUCAAGACCCUGGUAGAUGGCUUACAGACAACACUACGUACAUAGAUCCAAAUGCUGUCAGAAACACAAUUAUUCAUGGUUUAUCUGAGCCUCUGGUGUUUAGAAGUUACCUCACACCUAGGUAUGAGGGCCAGAGUUCACCUCACUGGAAAUGUAUGCAGUGGGAUCCUGCAGAUUGGGGUAAACUGUUCAAAGAGACAGUACUUAAGUUUCGGAUAGGCACAAGAGUAAAGGAAAAGAACUUACUGUCUGCCCCACAGUGGGAGGCCUCAUGCUCCACGGCCAAUAUGACAUUUUCAGAAUUUUUGCAGUGGUCGAGAGGGGAGAGGACUUGUUUAACUUCCUGUAAACAAAAAGUGAACUGUGAUGAUCAUUGGGCUUACUUUGAUUAUUUUUAUAUGAAGGACUUGGAUCUUGUUAACCAGAUGAAAGGUGUUUUAGAUUGGAGUUUAUUUGGUUAUUCUGAUAGAGGAGUUAAAGAUAGCACUCUGUGGAUUGGCACACCAGGGGCCAAUACUCCUUGUCACAUAGAUACUUAUGGGUGUAACCUUGUAGCUCAGGUAAUUGGUAGAAAGAGAUGGGUAUUAUUCCCUAAAUCUCAGUCACAGUAUCUGUCACCCACACGCAUCCCCUAUGAGGAGUCGAGCAUAUAUAGUGAAGUUGGUUUUCCUUGUCCUAGUUUGGUCUCCCAUCCCAAGCUGCAGUUUAGUACUCCAUAUGUGGUCACACUAGAACCAGGUGAUGUAUUGUUUGUACCGAGGCAGUGGUGGCACUUUGUAGAAAACCUGGACUUUGCAGUGAGUGUAAACACCUGGUUGGAGCUUCCUUCCGACUGUGAGGAACGGAUUAAGGAGUCUCUUGUUAUGUUCCAGGUUGCAAGUCUCUGUCAGGGAGUUCAUUCUCUUGAACUUAUUAGCUCAGUGUUUAACCCUAACAUGAUGGACGUUGCCACCAUGACAUCUUCUGAAGUUCUGAAAAUCUUGGCCCACCGUGUGUUUCAGUCCUCGGAUGGCAGACACACUAGUGUGGCUGAAGGUGGUGACAAGAAUGCAACACUGGGUGGAAAAACUUCAAAAGAAAGAGAGACAGCAAAACAGUUAUUACUACCCAAAGAUGGGAAGAGCACAGUGGACGAAGGAGUCUUUGAUGUUAUUGAGUGGAGAAAUGAUGAGUGGUGUGUAAAUCACAAUAUUGAGAGAGUUGCCAGCAUGUCAUUCUCCAAAUACAUGCAUCUGGUUGUGGGGUGUGAUGAAGAGGAAAGUAAGAUGUUGUGUGUAGACAAAGAAAAAGUACGUAACAAGACCAAAGGUGUUGAUAUUAGUGAAGAUGAUUCUGUCAUUCAGUGUUCACAGCUUAAGCUCCUGGUGGAUGCCUUCACUGAUCAAAGAGUGAUUGAUAUGUUAAAAACAGUUAUAGAUGAAAAGUUAGAAAUUAAUUAAAAGUUAUCUUUUGUCCUUUUUUUAUUAAGACAGCUGAGUCUUAUGAUGUAGGAUGAGAGAGGAUAAUUAUAUAUAUUUUGUGAAUUGUUAUUAUGUACCUACAUUAUAUACAGUACAGUAUAUAUAUUGUAGUGUACUUAAAUACUCUAGCUACAGUGUUUUAGUUUUGCCUGCGAUAUCACAAAAAGUGAGAUGUUGGUUUAGCUUUUGCAACAGAAGUGUUGAUGAUGGCAUUAGUAAUACUGUAUAGGUACUGUAAUUAAGUUUCUCAACAAAUCACAGACAGUGUGUACAUGUGGCCACACUUUUCAAGUUUACUGUUAUUAAUAGAUUGUUUUGUUUCGAGAACUGUCAUGAUAAUUAUCCUCCACUCAGAGCUGGUGUUCGUUGCUUAAAUCAGCUUAGUGUGUGUGUGUAAAAUUCUUUAGAAUGCUUGGUUGCUUUUACAGUAGUUGUCUUUGUAGGGUGUGGAAAUUUUGACAUUAAAUUUAUAGUCAGAUCUUUGAUAAACUUAUGAUUUUGUUACUGUUCUCACUUAUCUUUUAUCUUACAGGACAAUGAAUCUUAUGUGUGAAGUAUAGUGAAUACUGUACAAGGAAAGUUGUAACAAGAUUGUCUGAAUUGUGUUAAGUGAAGCUGAUACUGACUGACUAUCCUGAGAGAAAAAAUUUAAAGGAAGCAUACUGUACUGUACUAAUUUUUGUUUGUAAUUGAUGAUGGCAGAAGAGCUUUUAUCACAUUUUGUGUAUCUUGGGAAUAAAAGAUAACAUUUA